AAUCGCCUACGCUUUUGAUUAAAAAUUGACGGUACGCUGGCCUAAUGUCAUAUUGUAAAUCCGCCUUAACCGUACUAUAACAGCUGAAAUAUGACCGCGUACAACUAGGUCACGUGAUAGCAGAAGCCCUACAGAUGGAACUGAAUGAGUAGAAUGAGAAUGUAGCCUUCUGCUAAUUAUCACGUGGGCGGAAGGUGUGGUUUUAAUAAUUAUGACCCAACCCUCCACGUGUUUCCACGUAGGCAGCAAAAUGUUUGGAGAAGAGCUCGAAGAAACUUUGUUAGAAAAUCCAGAUGACGAAUGUAGUAGACCUGUUGUUGAUUGUCCCAGUACUUCAAGUGUUGGUACACCCAAGCGCCCACAGAAAUUAAGGAAGAGGAAAAGAGGACAGGAUAGUGCGGCUACUGCUUGUGUAGCUCCCAAUGCGGAUACCAAUCGUUCACGCACCAAAAAGAUGCUAAGUAAGAAGGAACGAUCAAGUGUUGUUAGUCAUAUUAAGAAAAGCCCUAUUUUGGAACAAGUUAAAAUUUAUUUUCACAAAAAUGAGUGUAACAUCUUUCAAGAACUAAUUUCUCAUGGUGAUUUGCUAGUGAAGCUAGUCAAUUAUCAUCAAAAUACUUUCAUUUCUCUUUAUGAAUCUAAUGCCACUGGAAAGGACAAGUACAUUUCAUUUCAGCUUGAAUGGCACAAGUACUGCAGUGUGUUUUUACUUCCAAGAGAAUUACCAACACAACAUCUUUUUUCACCACCAACAAAUGAAAUGGAAACGAUUCGCACACUGUGGUUAGAUUUCACCAUUAACCCACAGAUCGUGGAAGAUAAAUUUAAGAAGUUUAUGAUGUCAUUUUCCUCAGUUGUACGAGAUAUAUUGCUUCAAGAAACGCACCUUUGUUUGAAAGACAUUUCUGAUACAACAGCUACAGGUCAGGGGACAACACACUCAUGUAAUAAUGAUUCUGAUGAUGUAUACUUUCGUUUUGGAGGGGGAACAAUUGCCAGCAUGUUGAAACAGCGAUACAAAGAGAUUAGAAGAUGUAAUGUUGACAAAAUGGAACUGUUUUCUAUUGAGAUAGCAAUAUUACAGGCAAUAAACAAUAAGGACAAAUCAUCUGUUCCUGCCUACUUACAGUAUCGAGACAGGGGAAAUAUGUACAUGCCAGACAUGACAUUCAUACCAUUCUUCCGUGCUGUGGAUGAUUGUGUGAAGCAAGUAGUGAAUGAAAAAGGUUUUGAAGAACAUGGAGAGGAAUUUAUUAAGGUUACCCACAGUCAUUUAAAAAAGGCCACACACCUGAAAAGCAAGUUUCUACAUGAGCUGGGAAGUAAAAUGGCAACCAGCAGUGAUAAGGAGACGCAAGCUGCCAAUAAUGUUUAUGAAGAAAUGGUGACUAAACUGACUAACACGAGAAUACAAGAAUUCUUAUCUUCUUUAAAGCAAAAAACAGCAUCUAAGAAAGGUCAUGCAUCAACAACUGGACAAAAUCUACGUGAUCAGUUGCUCACACAGCAUCUUCAAUUACAAUCUCGUGUACAGAUAAAUUAACUAUAAUUUCAAACUUUAUAAUGAAGUUAAAUAUUUUUAAUUCUGUUUAAAUCAUUUGGUUUUAUUGUAAA